AUGGCUGACAAGAAUAUCAAGGAUGUCAUAUCUGAUUAUGACAAUGAAUCUGUAGCUACAAGACAAGCUAUACAUCGGGGCGGGCGCAAGUCCAUCUACAUGGCUGGUGUAAUUGCUGCUGGUGGCGGUUUUGUGGUUGGUUUCGAUACAGGCGCUGUCUCGGGUACAAUGGUCUUGCAGCCAUUCAAGGACAAGUUUCUCAAUGUCGAUGCUACCUAUCGCUCUGCUCUUUUGGUGGCCAUGAUGCUUCUGACAGCCACUAUUGGUGGUUUGGCUUCAGGCAAUGUUUGCGAUUACAUUGGCCGUAAAAACACAAUCCUUCUCGGUACCGGUGUGUUUGGCAUUGGGGCUCUUUUUGAGACCAUUGGCUAUAACUUUGGUUUGCUCAUGGCGGGUCGUCUCUUUGUGGGUCUUGGUGAAGGUUUCCUGACAAAUGCCAUCCCACUCUACCACACUGAAAUUGCUCCUCCCGAUAUCCGUGGCCGAUUGAUCACCUUAUUCAGUGCCAUGUCGUCUGUGGGCACAAUUGUGGGCUAUUUUGUCAAUUUUGGCACUUCCUACCUCAGCAAUGACUGGGCAUGGCGAACUCCCUUCUUGGUUCAAUUGAUUGUGUGUGUCUUUCUGUUCUCUGCUUACUUCUUGCCUUAUUCUCCUCGCUGGCUUAUUGACAAGGGUCGCAAAGAAGAGGCAUUGCUGGUGCUUGCCAAGCUCCAUGAAUCUACUGUGGAAGAUCCCGAAGUGCGCAACGAAUAUCAAUGCAUUUGUGAAGAAAUCGAAGUGGAACGCUCCUUUGGUAACCGUACCUAUGUCGAAUGCUUCCGUGGCACAAAUCUGAAACGCACUCUGUUUGCUCUGUUCACUGGUAAUGGUGCUGCUUUCACGGGCACUUACUCCAUCACGUAUUAUGCGCCUUCCAUCUUCCAGCAAGCUGGCGUAGGAAGCACUUCCAUCUCUUUGGCUACCAGUGGUGCUAGCAACAUUCUGGUUUUGGUUGUCACCUUGCUGACAGUCUUGUUCAUUGAUCGUUUGGGUCGUCGUGGUAUCUUUGCGUCUGGUGCUCUCAUCAUGGGUCUUUCCAUGUACAUUGUGGGUGGUUUGUUCCAAGGCUACAAUAUCAUUGACGAAGAGGGCAGUGUUGGCCUCUCCAACAAGCAUGCUCAAGCCUGUGUCAUUGCCUUUGUCUUCAUUUUCCAAGCUGCUUAUGCUUAUAGUUGGGGUCCUGUUGCCUACAUUUAUCCUGCUGAAAUCUCCAAUAUGCGUACGCGUGCCAAGGUCAUUGCGCUUGCCUACGGGUUGAACUGGGCCAUUGGUAUCUUUAUGACAUUUGUGAUGCCCAUCUUUAUGGAUAAUACCAUCUAUGGCGGCUACUACUUUUUCGCGGCAUGCUGUAGUGUGCUCUUCAUCGGCAGUUUCUGGCUUCCAGAGACCAAAGGAAAGACGCUGGAAGAGAUUGAUCGCAUUUUCAAUCCUCUUUGA